AUUCAAGAUAGAACUCGGUACACUUGUUAUAUUUUUCAUCAUCCUUGUGUUUUUAGUUUUUUCUCUCUCUAUCCAAGAGAAAAACUAUAUGAUUUCCAACUUAAAAAGCUUUAUAGAGUAUCAGACGAAAGCAAGUGAAUCUAGUGUACUUGAUGUGAUCUCACAUGACAGACUUGCAGAUUACCUUAUUGAAAAGCUCAUCCCUGCAUUGCACAACCUCGACUGGUACAACGCUAGACACCUUCCAUUGGAAUGGAUGGAUGCAAAAGUACCAGGAAAGAAGCAAAGAAGAGAUACGGUUCAAAAAGGUUUUACAAAAGACUAUGUGUCAAAAAUUAUCGGUAAACCGCGUAUUGCACAAAGACGAGUGAAACCAGAUUAUUAUUAUGGAGUAUCGUCAUACUGGGAAAAUUUAUUUAAUCGAUCCUAUUCCAGUCUGAACAAGUACAGUGAAGACACGAGGCCAUAUUUGCCCAGUUGGAAAGCUUACGAUCCUGACAUAGAGGAGAUUUGGAAUCACACAAUAUACAAUUAUUACCCUUCAAGGCUUUACACAGGUCUUCAUAUUGGAGGAUCAAGAGAGAUAUAUAAAAUUAGGGAUGGUUAUGUUAUAUUAUUGUCAACUUUUGGUGGUGAAUCGUUAAAAAAAAUAGUUGAUCUCAGCUUAGAUAAUUUCUUCAACAACUUCACAAGGAUUAUUUACAUAGAAUUUUACCUGACGAGCAUUAAUUCAAAAUUGUUGGCCCAGGUUCUCCUUUCACUCGAACAUUUUUCCAAUGGGGUCUAUAUUCCCAAGUUACAAGUAAGGAAGUCGGACAGAAUUUAAUUUUAACAUUGUUUCUUAAAUGUUUCAUUGCAGUUAGAAGCGAUCACUAUGGAUGCAACUGUUCCUUCAAGCAGUGUGUUACUGUCGAUGUGUUGUCUUUCAGUGAUUGGUGUGAUUUUUACGAUAUUAUCAAUGAGAAAAAUACUCAGAUUCGAUCUGACACAGUCCAUAAAAUCAGUUUAUUCAAUCAACUCCACAUUGAUCGCAGUGUUCACUUUGUGUUCAAUAUUAUUUUUUAUAAUGAGGUGGACAACUUUGAACCUUAGUAUAGACGAGUAUGUUGAGAGUUAUGUUUCUGAUUACAUCAGCUUCCUUAUUCCUACCGAGAUGGACUUCAAAUUUCAAGUUGCUAUUGGAAUUUUAUGUUGCUUGAUUUCACUGCAGUUUACAAAAUACAAGCCGACCAUACUGUGGGAAGAUUCAAUAAUCACAAGCACAUUUUUUCACAGAAGCAUAGUUUUCUUUAUGUUCGUAUUAUACACAGUCGUAAUUAUUGCUGUGUUCCUGUCAUCCAACAUGUGGAUAGAUUACCAGCAGACUUUCUGUUUUGAUCAAGAUUUCUCUUCGCACGACGAUACAAACACAAAGAAGUUCAACCGAAUUUUCAAUCUGACAUGGAUGUCUAUCAUGUUCAUGGGCUACGUUAUUGGAGGAAUGUUGGUCGGUACGAUUAUUCGAAAACACAGGCAACGAUUCAGACUGGAUACAGAGUAUCAUCAGUUGUUUACCGAGACAAAGAAUAACAGGACAUUUAGAAGAAAAUUGCUCAACAAUUCAUUAACAUUUAGAAGACAUUUGUUACAAAUGAAAAUGUCCCAUCUGUUAAAUAAACCAAAAUAUGUUUAGCAGCUUUUUCCCUAUGUAAUCAAUAUAUUAAUUAAUUUUUUUUUCAAAAUAUUCUAAACAAUUUUGUUUCAAUUUUUUUCAUAUUUCCCUAUUGUCAAGCGAGAAAUAGAUUUCACAUAUUUAUUCAAUAAAGGGAAAAUAAAAUUCUCUGAUUAUUUUAUUCGUAUAAAAUUUUAAAUAACAAAUUUACGGGAAAACAACCAUUAAUUAUGCAAGCAAACCUGGGAAUAUUUCUGAAAUAGAGGUUUUUGAACAAUACUCACUUUUUGAAAGUGAAAAAAUAUAAAAAUUUAAAAAAGAUAAAAAUUUAAAAAAUAUAAAAUCUUUUCACAGAGAGACAACCUAUGUUGUACUUUGUUUGUUGAUAAGUCAGUUUUAAUUAGUGCCUCUU